UGAACGAUCAAACCACCACCGUUGCCACAACUCACUCACUACCAGUACAGCAAAUUCAGAAUUACAAAAUCGAAUUAUAAGACGGGGUUCACAAUCUCGUACUGUGGCCGAGGUGAACGAAGCUAGCUAACGUUAUGUUAGGUUAGGAAUAUCUGUAACUGAAUUGGGUAAUUUUGUGACAGUAACCGGGUCAACCCGUUUUCACACCCGGUUUUAUAACCCGUAUUGACAUGGCUGGGUUGGAGCAAAUGAAGCCUCAGAAUCUGAAUCAGAUAGCAAUUCGCGCUCAACAACAACUCAUCACAAACCCUAAUCCCCAAUUGUUGAACCCAUUACUAGCACUUCUAACAAGCUCACGAAAUGCAUUCUUUCAUCUCUACAACCAAAUGCUCUCUCACCCUUCUUCCCACAACCACUUCACCUUCACCCACGCUCUCAAGGCCUGUUCUUCCCUCCACGCGCGCUCCAAAGCCCUCGAAAUCCACGCGCACCUCAUCAAAUCCGGUCACUACUUCGAUCUCUUCAUCCAGAACUCGCUGCUCCACUUUUACCUCAUCCACGACGACGUCGUUUCGGCUUCGCGUUUGUUCAGAUUCAUUUCUUCACCCGACGUCGUUUCGUGGACCUCAAUGGUUUCGGGCCUCGCCAAGUGCGGCUUCGAAGCAGAAGCCAUUCGCGCGUUUUCGUCGAUGAACGUGAAACCCAAUGCAGCUACCCUCGUUAGCGCUUUGUCUGCAUGUUCGAGUCUUAAGGCUCUGAGAUUCGGCAAGGCCAUUCAUGGUUAUGGGGUGAAGUUAAUUGUUGAUGGGAAUGUUGUUUUUGAUAACGCAGUGUUGGAUUUGUAUGCAAAGUGUGGGUCUUUGAAGAAUGCAGAGAAAAUGUUUGUGAAAAUGUCUAAAAAGGACGUGGUUUCUUGGACCACAUUGUUGAUGGGUUAUAAGCGUGGUGGGUACUGUGAAGAGGCUUUUGCCGUGUUCAAACAAAUGGCGGUUGAUGCUAAAGCUGAGCCUAAUGAGGCAACUGUUGUAACUGUGUUGUCAGCAUGUGCUUCAAUUGGGACUUUGAGUUUGGGUCAGUGGGUGCAUUCUUAUAUUGACUCAAGGUGUGAUCUUGUGGUUGAUGGUAAUAUUGGGAAUGCUUUGCUUAACAUGUAUGUCAAGUGUGGUGACAUGCACAUGGGGAUUAUGGUUUUUGAUAUGAUUGGGAAUAAGGAUGUUAUCUCAUGGGGUACUAUUAUUUGUGGCCUAGCUAUGAAUGGCCAUGGAAAACAAGCUUUGCAGCUAUUUUCACGCAUGUUGGUUCAAGGGGUUCCUCCAGAUGAUGUUACUUUUAUUGGCCUAUUGUCUGCAUGCAGCCAUGAAGGUUUAGUGAGUGAAGGGAUUAUGUUCUUCAAAGCCAUGAGAGAUUUUUAUGGCAUUGUGCCGCAGAUGAGACAUUAUGGUUGCAUGAUAGACAUGUAUGGACGUGCUGGUUUGUUUGAGGAAGCUGAGGCCAUCCUUAGAGGCAUGCCUGUUGAAGCUGAAGGGCCUAUUUGGGGAGCUCUUCUUCAAGCCUGCAAAAUUCAUGGUAAUGAGAAGUUGUCUGAAUGGAUUGGGGAACAUCUUGAUAAAAAAAAUGUUGGUGUUGGGACUCUUGCGUUACUGUCUAAUCUUUAUGCUAGUUCUGAACGAUGGGAUGAUGCUAAUAAGGUUCGUAAGACUAUCAGAGGCACUGGACUGAAGAAGGUAGCAGGAUGUAGCUGGGUUGAGCUUGAAACAUCUACCAACAGAUUGGAUUCAAAUUUAUGUGUUGCCUAGUGGGCCUAAGGGGAGGAUCAAUGAAGUUGCAAAUGGAUAACAGUACGUCAGUACAACAAUGAUAUAACCUCUCAAGGUUGAAAAUGAUCUGUCUCAACAUUGCUAUGUUCAUACAUAUACUCAAUAUGAGGUUUAUUUCAUCCGCAACAUUUCUAUGUUGAUACGUAGACUCAAUAUGUUAUUUAUUCCAUCCUUGUACAGCCUAGUUAAGUCUUACUUUGUGUGUGGAUUGGCGAUAAGCAGGGCAAUCCAAUAACAUUGAUGUCCAGUAAGUUUUCUCUUUCAUUUGUACCUUCUGGAACUUGAACAAUGUACAUGGGCUACAUUUAAAAAGGUAUCUCGCCCUGUAGAUUUCUUUUAUACAGUUUGCGUCUUUUUAAUAUAAAUAAAUACUUUGA